CACGUUAUCAAUCUGAUGGCCCGAAGGCCGUAGGAGUGGCGGAUGGAUAAAUAUAUGAUAUGGGCCUAAAGUCCAAAUUGGGAUUGGGUCCUCAAAGUCAAACUUCGGCGGAUGAUGAUGAGGACAAAAACGAGUGGUGAAUGAGGCCGCUAUUUGGCGCCAUUGGAGAGGAGUUGGCUUGGCUUUCAUUGAUCGAUUGAUGUUUCCUCCCGGUUCCAUUCCAGCAUUUCCAAUUCCCCGUCUCUCCGGAGCUCCGUUAACGAUUGAACUUUUAAAUGUUCCUUCUCAAGGCAUGGAGGGCAACAGCUUUUGGGGCUUAUGGCUACCUCAAUUUCACGAAAUCCGCCUUCCUGGAACAUUCGAAGGUGUUCAAAUCAGAGGACUUGGAAAUCAGUCUAGAUGGUAAGAACUGCGUAGUCACGGGAGCAAAUUCCGGCAUUGGUUACGCUACUGCAGAGGGUCUUGCUUCACGUGGUGCAACCGUGUGCAUUAUCUGCCGCAAUAAGGAGAGAGGAGAAGCUGCCCUAUCUCAGAUUAAGUCAACCACAGGCAAUCCAAAUGUUCACUUAGAGGUGUGUGACCUCUCCUCGGUCAAUGACAUUAAGUCAUUUGCUCUCAGAUUCUCUGCAAGGGAUGCUCCAAUUCAUGUUCUGGUCAAUAAUGCUGGUCUUCUUGAGAAUAACCGAAUCACCACAUCGGAAGGCUUCGAGUUGAACUUCUCUGUAAAUGUGCUAGGAACUUUUACAUUAACAGAAUUGAUGUUGCCCCUGCUUGAGAAAGCAGCACCUGAUGCUCGAGUGAUUACAGUUUCCUCUGGUGGGAUGUACACUUCUCCCCUGACUGAAGAUCUACAGUAUGGUGAUACCAAUUUUGAUGGGGUACAGCAGUAUGCUCGGAAUAAAAGGGUUCAGGUGGCAUUAACAGAAAAAUGGGCUGAAACUCACAAGGAUAAAGGGGUUGGCUUCUACUCGAUGCACCCUGGAUGGGCAGAGACGCCGGGUGUCACCACAAGCAUGCCUGGUUUCUCCGAACGCCUCUCUGGAAAGCUCAGAACGAAGGAGCAAGGUGCUGACACUGUGAUAUGGUUGGCUUUGCAGCCUAAGGACAAGCUAGUACCCGGCGCUUUCUACUUUGAUCGGGCUGUGGCCCCAAAGCACUUGGCAUUUGCUGCUACCAGAGGGUCGCAUGCCCUGAUCGAUUCUAUUGUUGGAAAACUUCAGUCUAUGGCGGGCCUUGUUUCGUAAGGAACUGCUGUUGCCUGCAGCGUUGUUUAUGUUCUUCAUCUAAAGCAGAUUUUAGUUUUAUAAUUAAGAUUAUAGAUCACAGGUUCUGAUAUUGAUGAAGCAUGGGGUUUUCUUUGAGCUACCUGGGUAUACGAGGUUUUGUUUCUUCAUGAUGGGACAUAACACAUGCGUGCUCACGUCUAUUUAUCAACCCUUAAUUUGGUUUUCUUA